CUGGAAUUCAGAAGGAAGAGAGGGGAUACCCGCACUGGUCAUGCCCUUCAGCCAGUACAGCUUGACUCUAAGCUGUCGGUUAGUACUAUCAAUUGUCAGAUAUUGCCAGCCCCUUCAAGCAAAGGUCACGAAGAUCAAUCUUACCUGGCCAUCUGGUUAAUUGGUCUGUUUUGGCUCUUCAAUCCUUUUACUGCAGUGAUAUCUGUGCGCGGAAAUGCUGAGGCGGUACUGGGCGCAUUAUUACUCUCUAGUUUGUUGUUGUUACUCAAGGAUCGACUUAUAGUUGCAGGACUCCUCUUUGGUGCUGCGAUACAUCUGAAGCUUUAUCCUAUUAUCUUGACCCCUUUGGUCUAUUUUUGGAUUCAUUUUUCAUCGGCAACAACCAUCGCUUCUUGUCCCUCACCUCCCACUGAAAUCGAGACCUCUGGGGCCUCAGGCAAAGUGAUACACUCUUCGCAACUGCCGCCUGAUCCUUAUGUUCUUUUGACCCCCAAAACAGCUCAUCUGCUCCUUGAACCUCGUGGCAACGCUUACUCUUACUUUUUACCUUCUCGUCGGCAUUUUCUCUUCGGUCUGCCGGCCCUUAUCAGCCUUCUCGGCUUGAUUUGUCUUGCCUCCUUCUUAGUUCCAAAUGACUCCUUUGCAAGUGGAUCUACCUACAAUUUUAGCUUUAUAAGCAUUAACUUCAAUUGGGGUUAUUUGAGACAAGCUAUCGCCUAUCAUUUAUUCCGAGUCGAUAUUCGGCACAACUUCGCACCUCACUUUUACCCCUUCUAUCUUAUCUUAGGCAGACAACAGACGGCUCCGGUUGACACAGAAUCUCCAUAUCAUUGGUGUGGUAAUCUCUUCAGAGUAGCCACUCUGCUCCCUGGUCUCUUGUUACCACUGGCUCUAGGAUAUCGGCUCCGAUCACGAUUCAGCCUUGCCUGUUUUGUUGUUAUUCAUCUCUUCGUCACUUUUAAUAAGGUCUCGAAUUCAUCUGAUGCUGAUUAG